GUAAACUGACCUAGAACAUAGACCAAGUAGUCCCUAUUUGCCAAGGCUAUCUAGUACAUAGUCCUAGACCCAUGGACCUAGUCUCAUCUAGGACAUUUAUCUAGAAACAAUUAGACAUGUACCUACAAUCAUGGACCUAGACAUCUAGACAUAGUCCCAGUUAACUCAUGAGCCUAGACUGUCUAGUACGUAGACCUAGACCCAUAGACCUACAGUCAUCUAGUACAUGGACAUAGACUCAUAUACAACAUUGACCUAGCACAAAUAGAUGGCCUACAAUCAUGGACCUAGACACCUAGUAUAUAGACCUAGUAGACUCAUGGACCUUGACUAUCUCGUACAUAAACCUAGACCCAUGGACCUAGACUCAUCUAGUCAUUGAUGUAGAAAAAACUAGACAUGGACCCACAAUCAUGGACCUAGACAUAGUCUAAGCCCAUGAGUCUACUGGGUCUAUCUAGUACGUAGUCCUAGUACCAUAGGCCUACAGUCAUCUAGUACAUGGUCCUAGAAUCAGCUAGACACAUGGACCUACAGUCAACUACAACAUUCACCUAGCACAAUUAGACAAGGCCUAAAAUCAUGGACCUAGGCAUCUAGUACAUAGGUCCUAGUAGACCUAGACCCAUGGACCUAGACUCGCCUAGUCAUUGAUGUAGACACAACUACACAUGGACCUAGACAUAGCCCAGUAGACUCAUGCCCUAGACUAUCUAGUACGUAGUCCUAGUACCAUAGGCCUACAGUCAUCUAGUACAUGUGUAACCCGCCCUGUUUCACACUGCCUGCACCGAGGCUUUAACACAGGACCUUCGUAAGGGGAGGCGAGAGCGCUGACCACACGGCUAAAAGUCUGGACUGUCGACUGCGUGUUCAGCGCAGCUCUUAAGGCAGAGGGAGUGAGGUUUGCCAACGUACACUUGCACAGCCUCACUGGCUGGCAUCCGUUACACGUGGACCUAGAGUCAACUACAACAUUGACCUAGCACAAUUAGACAUGGCCUACAAUCAUGGAGCUAGGCAUCUAGAACAUCAUGUGGAAUCAUGUAGAUCAUGGACAUAGGAUCAUCAAUAAAUUGGACCUAGACUGAUCUACAAUGUGGAUCUAGAUGAUCUAAAACAUGAACCAAGAAUUAUGGGCCUAGAUGAUCGUAGGACCUGGAGCUGUGACCGCAUUCUACAUCAUGAAUUCUAUGUGCGCUAACUAUAUUUCCAAUCAGAGGAAACAACUAAAUAAUGGUUUUCUAUUUGAUAAGGUUCAUGUUGAAUAUACUGUAUGUAUGCUCAACUGUCUUUUCUAUCUAGGUUGUGUUUUCUACUUGUUCAAUGUAACACGUCGUAUGAUAUUGAUAUCAUUUGUAUAUAAAAGUAUUUGUGUAUGAUAUUGGUAUCAUUUGUAUACAAAAGUAUAUCUGUGUAAGAUCAUUAGUAAUAUUUGUGUAUGACAUCUAUAUCAUCAGUAAUAUUUGUGUAUGAUACCGAUAUCAUUAGUAAUUGUGUAUUAGUAAUAUUUGUUUAUGAUUUCAAUAUCAGUAAUAUUUAUUAUUAUUGAUAUAAUCAGAAAUAUUUGUGUAUGAUAUUAUCAUUAGUAAAAUGUUGUGUAUGAUAUCAAUAUAAGUCAUAAUAUUUGUGCAUGAUAUCAAUAUUUGUAAGAUUGUGCCAAGCAGAAGAUUCUUUCAUCUUCAGCAGUUGGGUGUAAACUUUCAGCCAGGUCACGUGACUGCCAUUAGCGCCAGAGCGUCGGGUUGUGACGCCAUCGGCUCCUGACACCACGCUGGCCCAAUGAGGACUCUUGCGGCCCGGACGGCUUCUUCUUCUCCCGCUGGCAGUCUCGUCCGGGAUUUGCUUCUGGAUCAGAAGCGGCGGCGGCGGCGCUCCGGAGCGCGGGAAGCCGCCGUGCAGCCUCUCGCACGCGCACGCGCAUGAAGACGACGCGCGGCAGACAUGGAGACGAGCCGGGUCCGACGCGUGUGCACGCUGACCGUGCUGCUGCUGUGCGUGUGCGUGUGGCCGCUGAGCUGCGGGGCCAGCUGGAUGUUGUUGGGUCUGAGUUCCGCGGGUCAAGCCGAGGAGGCGAGCUGCUCCGAACUUCCUCUGAGUGCCCACCAGAGGGACAUGUGCCGGAAGAGGACUUUCCUGGUGCCGAGCAUCCGAGACGCGGCCCAGCUGGCCAUCAGCGAGUGUCAGAACCAGUUCCGACACGAGCGCUGGAACUGCUCCACCUGCAAACACCCGUCCGUGUUUGGCCACGAGCUGACGAGCGGAACCAAAGAAACCGCCUUCCUGUAUGCAGUGAUGGCCGCCGGGCUGGUCCACGCCGUCACACGCUUCUGUAGCCACGGCAACAUGAGCGAAUGCGGCUGUGACACCCGCCUGAAGGGGGCGGGCUCCCCCACCGACGGCUGGCACUGGGGGGGCUGCUCGGACCACGUCCAGUACGGGACUUGGUUCAGCCGCAGGUUCAUCGAUCACACCGCCAAGAACGCAUCGACCGGCGCCAGAGGCCACGCCCUCCUCAACAUGAAUGUGCACAACAGCGAGGCGGGGCGCCAGGCUGUCGUCAUGACGAUGUCUACCGACUGCCGCUGUCAUGGCGUGUCGGGCUCAUGCGCCGUCAAGACGUGCUGGAGGACCAUGGCGCCGUUCGUUCACGUGGGCGAGUACCUGAAGGAGCGCUACGAGCACAGCGUCCAGGUGUGGCCGGGCGGUAGGAGGAAGAGCAGGAGGAAGGAGGCCCAGCGGCGCCCCCCGGUGGACAAACACCAGCUCGUCUUUGUCAACAAGUCGCCUAACUACUGCCUGGAGAACCGCCGCUGGGGCGUGUUUGGCACCAGCGGGCGCCGCUGCAACCGCACCUCCAGCGGGGCCGACGGCUGCAAGCUGCUGUGCUGCGGGCGGGGCUAUAACACGCACGUGGAGCGCCAUGUGCACCAGUGCGCGUGCAAGUUUGUGUGGUGCUGCUAUGUGCGCUGCAGGCGCUGCGAGAGCAUGAGCGACACGCACACCUGCAAGUGAGCGCCUUCCCCUGCCGGUCACCCGGGGGCACUGUGUCGGCGUGCCCCCUACCCUUGGACUUCUUCCUGCUUGGAAAA